GAUAUCAGUAGGUGAUCCUUCCUAUUAGUAGGAUCAGGUCACACGUCUCCUUGAACCGUACCUGCUGGGUCUUUCUCCAUCAGUACCUUCUUGUUCCUUGCCUGGGAUUUGCCGGGUAACGCCGUGUGCCUCUUUGCCUGGCUCCAUAUAGAGCCCGACAGGAAUUUGGACAGAGUGGUACGGACAUCGCCGACAGAGACCAUGAUCCCGGACUAUCCCUUUCAGUGCAGUCUUAUGACUAAGACCCCAUUCCGCUACAUAUUAAAGAAGGGGAGAGACCUGGAUCUGAACGUAGGACUAGCUGCUGAACACGGCAGAAAGGCAGCACAAAGCAACCCCACUCGGCUUACGCACUCUGCCUUCAUGUGGUCCCUUUCCAUUAUGGCCCUUCUCUUGUUGUUUUGUUCCUUAAAUGUCGGAAGCUGUGAGCACAAUGAGGACCCAAAGCACCCAACAGCAGAGUUUGCCUUCACCCUGUUCCAGGGCUUGGCAGAGCUUGAAAAUGGAACUGACUUGCUAAUUUCUCCUGCAAGCAUCUCCCUUGGCUUGGGACUUCUUCAGCUUGGAGCUCAAGGGAACACUUUUGAGCAACUGGAGCAUGCUCUGGGAUACAACCCUCAUGAUCCAGGUGUGCCCACACUAUAUAAAGACGGGACCAACUCAAGCCGAGAGACUGUAAUCCAACUAGCCUGUGCCCUCUUUAUUCAAACCGGAACGUGCCUUUCGCCUCAGUUCAUUCAAUAUGCUGCGCUCUGGGCAAAUGACACCGUGCGACACACCAACUUCAGCGAGCCUAACAGGACUGCAGCUCGGAUAAACGAAUGGAUUGCCGCAAACACCGGAGAUGGAGAAUCAAAUUCCCUUUCCUUGGAAACCAUUGAUUCCCCCUUUAACCAGAUAGCUUUGGUGAGCACCAUGUACUUCAAAAGCACUUGGCAAAGGAAGUUCACAUUUAUGGACACUCAAGCUUUGACUUUUACCACCACAGAGGGCUUCACCCUGAAAGUGCCAACUAUGUAUCUCAGCGCUGAAGUUAAUUACGGGGAGUUUCUGACAGACCAUCUGGAAUGGAUCAGUGUGGUGGAGUUGCCCUAUUUGGGGGAGGAUGUCAGCAUGUUUGUGAUACUUCCAUCUGACAAGAGAACAUCACUUGCCCCAACUGAGAGACACCUCUCAGCCAAAACCUUCUCGGUGUGGUCCAAUAGCUUGAGGAGAACAAAGAUGGAUAUAUUUCUCCCAAGGUUCAGAAUUCAAAACCACUUGGACCUAAAAAUGGUGUUGCCUGCAUUAGGAAUUACAGAUAUGUUUGAUCCAGCUGUGGCAGAUUUUACUGGUAUUUCAGAACAGGGAAGCCUGUUUAUCUCAGAAGCCAUCCACAAAGCAAAGAUUGAAGUGACAGAAGAUGGUACAAAGGCCUCAGGUGCUACAGCUAUGGUGUUGCUAAAAAGAUCCCGGGCUCCUGUCUUCAAAGCUGACAGACCUUUUAAUUUUCUCCUUAGGCAAGCCAGUACAGGUUCCAUUCUCUUCAUUGGAAGACUUACGAAUCCCACAGAAUUAGCUUGACCGAUCCAUGCUUUCU